GGACCACUGACCCCUGCAACAACUUGCCGCUUUGACUUCAAUGGUGGACGAGCAAAAGCAGUAUUUGCAUCGCUUCAAUACCUCAGGGAAGAAACAGCGUGAGCUGACCGAGGAACAGAAGCAAGAGCUGAAAGAAGUCUUCGACCUGUACGACACGGAUGGCUCCGCCGCCAUCGACAACACCGAGCUGAAGGGCUUGAUGCAAGUCCUCGGCUUCUCCGCCACCACCCGAGAGGAGCUGGUAGCAAUGAUGAUGGCAGUAGACAAGGACGGCUCCGGUGAAAUCGAGCUGGACGAGUUCCUACAAAUGAUGGCGCCCAAAGUUCUGGGAAGAGAGCCAUCUGCCAUCAUCCGAAAGGCCUUCCCUCUGUUCGUCGAGCCUGGGACGGACGUGAUCACUUGGCAAAGCUUGAGGUCCGACUCCCCAGGAGGGCCACCGCGGAUGAUCUCGGCCUGGCCUUCACGGAUCAAGAGCUACAGGAGAUGAUCCAGGAUGGAGAUGAAUCUGGUGAUGGCGCACUGCAGGAGGAGGAGUUUGUUAACGUAAUGAGAAGGGCUAAGCUCUUUUGAUGUCAAGAGCGUGGAUUUCAUGGGACAGACAAAGAGAGAGAGAGAGAGCUGUCCCUGUUUCACGCUUCUUCGCAGCUGGACUGAAAAGUGCUGCUCAAUUGCUU